AGGCUUUGAUUGGUGUUUUACCAUUUCCGGUUGGCAGACGUCCAAGCGCCUGUGAAGAAGAGUUGUUGCGCCGUCUCUGAAUAACGGAAUAACGCAGAAGCCGAGUCGCGUUAUAAAGGCUCGGUCAGAGGUCAGAUCCAGCGUCCAUCAUGGCAUCAGGCAGCGCGGGCAGUGAGGAGGAGAAGAGUCUGAGGGAGUGUGAGAUAUACGUGCAGAAACACAACAUCCAGCAGCUGCUGAAGGACUGUAUCGUGCAGCUGUGCACCUCACGGCCCGACAGACCCAUGGCCUUCCUCCGGGAACACUUCGAGAAGCUGGAAAAGGAGGAAGCGAAGCAGCUCCUGAACCAGCAGAAGGCCAGUUCUCGCUCUGACUCUCGUGAAGAUGAGGCGUCUCCUCCCAUGAACCCCGUGGUGAAGGGUCGCAGGCGGAGAGGAGCCAUCAGCGCUGAGGUCUACACCGAGGAGGACGCCGCCUCCUACGUCAGGAAGGUCAUCCCUAAAGACUACAAAACCAUGGCCGCGCUCGCCAAAGCCAUCGAAAAGAACGUGCUCUUCUCACAUCUGGAUGACAAUGAAAGAAGUGACAUAUUCGACGCAAUGUUUCCAGUCACCUACAUUGCCGGAGAGAUUGUCAUCCAACAAGGUGACGAGGGUGAUAACUUCUAUGUCAUUGACCAGGGGGAAAUGGAUGUGUAUGUGAACAGCGAGUGGGCCACCAACAUCGGAGAGGGCGGCAGUUUUGGGGAACUGGCUCUGAUCUACGGGACCCCGAGAGCCGCCACCGUCAGAGCCAAGACCAACGCCAAGCUCUGGGGCAUCGACAGAGACAGCUACAGGAGAAUACUGAUGGGAAGCACUUUGAGGAAGAGGAAGAUGUACGAGGAGUUCUUGAGCAAAGUAUCUAUUUUAGAGUCUCUGGAUAAGUGGGAGCGUCUGACUGUGGCUGACGCUCUGGAGCCGGUGCAGUUUGAGGACAGUCAGAAGAUCGUGGUCCAGGGAGAACCAGGAGACGAGUUCUUCAUCAUCCUGGAGGGAUGUGCAGCCGUUCUGCAGCGCAGGUCAGAAAAUGAGGAGUUCGUAGAGGUCGGCAGGUUAGGACCGUCAGACUACUUCGGCGAGAUCGCUCUGCUGAUGAACCGGCCCCGUGCGGCGACAGUGGUGGCUCGUGGGCCGCUCAAAUGUGUGAAGCUGGACAGGCCUCGCUUCGAGCGCGUGCUGGGACCGUGUUCAGACAUCCUCAAACGCAACAUCCAACAGUACAACAGCUUCGUGUCGCUCUCCGUCUGAGAACCC